UCCUGUCAAUAGUCAUGGUUUUAUUCAUGGCUCAUAUCAAUGCUAUUACUGACAACGAAGCAGAAGAAGAAGAAAAAGACCUGCCUUCUGCUGAAAGUGAACUGUCUUCUUUACAAGGAUUGGGCCGGUUCCUCCUGGCCAAGGACAAGCCAAAGAACCUCAAAUGCAACAAGAACCCGAGAAUUUGCCAGGCUAAGGGCAGCCCGGGGCCCUCCUGUUGCAAGAAGAAAUGUGUUGAUGUGAGGACAGACCGCCUCAACUGCGGUCUCUGUGGGAAGAAGUGCAAGUACAAUGAGACAUGUUGUGAGGGGAAAUGCGUCAACCUGGCGUUCAACAAGAAGCAUUGCGGACGUUGCAACAACAGCUGCGGAAAUGGUGAUUUUUGUACACAUGGUCUGUGCAGUUAUGCUUAGAAACAUUAACAUUCAGUCGUCCACUAUAAGCUUAUGUUCUUCUCAUUUCUUGAAAAUAGU